CCAUUUCAAUUAAGUGUGGCAACUAAAACGUGCAACAUUUCGUACAAGCAGAAAACUCAAUAAAUAAAUAUGUCUGAGGAAAAUAGCCGCAAGCGUAAAACGGAUAUGAAGCUUAACUCGCGUUCCAUGUGGCUGGUCAAGAUGCCCAACUAUGUGGCCCAAAUGUGGGAGCAGGCGCCGUCGGAUAUGGAGGUGGCCACUGUGCGCAUGCAGACAGGCAAAAGUCCUGUCCAAGUGCAGUUGAUUUUAUCGAAGGAGCUGCUGGCGCUAAGUCCCACUCAGCCCAUAGCCACAGAGCUGGAUCUGAAGAUAAGCAAAUCACCGAGCAGUGCUCAGCGCGCUGGCAUUUUUAGCACUGGAGAUGGGGAGACCUCGAUUGAGGGUUGGGUUAGUCACAAGAUGGAUUGCCAGCCGGUGUGCAAUGCCAAGUACUUUGAGAUGAAAAAGGAAUCGCUGCGCACCUCCAAACAUCAGCGCGGUGCGGAGCCGUUGGUUAACUUUGUCAAGAACUAUAAGCCCGUUAGCAAUCAUAUCGAGAAUAUUGAGGAUGCCAAGCGUCGCAAGGAAGCGGCUGGCAAGUGCUUGAAUAAGGAAACCAUCAUGGAAUUGCUGUUCCAGGCCUUUGAGAAGCAUCAGUACUAUACGCUCAAGGAUUUGCAAUUCAUCACCAAGCAGUCCACAUUUAUACUGAAAGCCAUACUGAAAGACAUUGGCGACUACGGCAAGGAUCCGGCGCAUAAGCUUAUGUGGGAAUUGAAGGAGGAGUAUCGUCAUUACCAGCGCCAAGAGACGAGCAGCAAGCCCGCAACGAAACAGCCAUAAAACAUUAAAUGCCAACCCCAAAUCCAUUGCGUGUGUCCCACAAUUAGUUAUUAAAUAUAAUUGCCAUUAUGACACCGCACUAAAACAGCAAAU